CCCAACACCGGCUGUCUCUCUCCACGGACAGUUGUCAUUAACUGCCCUAACGGUAACACAGAGAGAAAAUACAGAUUCCUUUCGAGCUCCAAAGUUACUUUAAAGUGAAGAAAAUUAGCUCCGCUCUCUAAGCCAACUUUGACCGACAGCACGAACAUGGUUUUGAAGUCGGAAGACGGAGUUGUGCCUGAUGACCUCAGUCCAGAGGAGAAACAGGAGCUGGAAAGCAUCCGCCGCAGAAAACAAGAGCUGCUGCACGACAUACAAAGACUGAAGGAUGAGAUAGCAGAAGUGACCAAUGAGAUUGAAAACCUGGGCCUGACUGAAGAGAGGAAAAGUAUGCAGAGGAAUAAACAGAUGGCCAUGGGCCGAAAGAAGUUCAACAUGGACCCCAAGAAGGGCAUUCGCUUCUUGAUCGACAGCUCCCUCCUGAAGAACACCAGUGACGACAUCGCCAAGUUUCUCUACAAGGGUGAAGGGCUUAACAAGACGGCUAUUGGCGACUACCUCGGGGAGCGAGAUGAAUUCAACGUCAAGGUGCUGCACGCCUUCCUGGAUUUACACGAGUUCACAGACCUGAACCUGGUUCAGGCUCUCAGGCAGUUCCUGUGGAGCUUCAGGCUGCCCGGCGAGGCUCAGAAGAUCGACCGCAUGAUGGAGGCGUUCGCCCAGAGAUACUGUCGCUGUAACCCAGGAGUGUUUCAGAGCACAGAUACGUGUUACGUGUUGUCGUUCGCUGUGAUCAUGUUGAACACCAGUCUACACAACCCCAACGUGAAGGACAAACCCUCCGUUCAGAGAUUCACAGCCAUGAACAGAGGCAUCAACGACGGAGGAGACCUGCCGGAGGAGCUGCUGCGGAACCUGUACGACAGCAUCAAAAAUGAACCCUUUAAGAUCCCAGAGGACGAUGGGAACGACCUCACACACACCUUCUUCAACCCCGACAGGGAAGGUUGGCUGCUGAAACUCGGUGGACGAGUUAAGACCUGGAAGAGACGCUGGUUUAUUCUCACAGAUAACUGCCUCUACUACUUUGAAUACACGACAGAUAAGGAACCCAGGGGAAUUAUCCCACUGGAGAAUCUGAGUAUCAGAGAAGUUGACGACUCCAAGAAGCCGAACUGCUUUGAGCUCUUCAUCCCGGACCACAAAGAUCAGGUGAUCAAAGCCUGCAAGACUGAGGCCGACGGCCGCGUCGUCGAGGGAAACCACACUUUUUACAGAAUCUCCGCCCCCACCGCAGAGGAGAAGGACGAAUGGAUCAACAGCAUCAAAGCUGCCAUCAGUAAAGACCCAUUCUACGAGAUGCUGGCUUCUCGGAAGAAGAAGGUCUCAUCUCUGAAGGGGCUUUAGAGGAUUGAACUUUGAAACAAGCUUUGACUUGAUACAGCAUCAGACUGGACGUGAACCUGAACCUGCUGCUGCAGUGACUCCUGGACCUACCACAGAGGAUUCAAGCUUUUAAAGAAGCUCGUCCUUUGUCGUCAUCAGUACUGACAACCUGUUCCCUGCAGGUUUGACCUUACGUUGAAAACUUAAUUUCCCAUCUAGAGAUGAAAUGAUUCACUCGCAGAGCUCUUUUUUUAAAUAGUCAAACAUCUCCUUUUGAACACUGCCCUCCUGUGAUGAUGCUGUGCUGGUUCAGCCUCCCACUCCUCUUAAAAUAUGUCUGAUUCACUUCAGACUCACUGUCUGUAUUACAGCCGAUGAAUGAAUCACGUCUUACAUUAUUGUGAUUAACAUAAAUUUAAAACGGCAAAGUGGGCCUUUUACGCAUAAAUGAUCAACCGUUACAUAAAUCGCUCUGAGUUUGGCCGUAUGCUGGAGUUUUUAAAUCUGGAGUCUGUUGUGCUGGCACACCAGUAGUCAUGUGUGUGUCAACCAGCAAAGAUCGCCGAUAGCAACCGUAGUGAUGGAGCGGUUGAGUCUAUGGCAUCAACAGCACAGCAGUUGGCAGUGCUAAUGUAAUGACUCUCGCUGCCAGAGGGGGGAGACAAAGUUCCACAUUGCAGGUUUAAGGAGAGUCUAAAACACUUUUAGUUAGUUUACAAACAGUCUCUUCUUUGAUUGGUUGAGGUCUGUUUUCCAGACCUCUACUAAAGCGCUUAAUGUCCACUGGAAAACAAAUCAAGUGCAGGACUGAUCUUGUCUGGGAUGCUGGACUUCAUAUUUAAGUCUGAUUUUCCAUAAAAAUUCUUUUUUUUUUGUUUCCCAGCCUGUUUCCUUAUUGCUGUUGGUCUUUCGUCAAAGCACUGUUAAUGGAAAUGAAGGUAAUGCAUAAACAGCUAAAUAUUUAUUUAUCCACAUUUCUUGUAAUUUAUUGUUUUCUGUUUUGUCUCAUUAAAAGUUUGCAAAUCAG